AUGCGAACGGCCGCUCUCUCCUUCUUCCUGCUCCUCGGGCUCGCACUCUUCUGUAGCUCCACCAAUGGUGCAAUCGACUUGGGCUACCCGGACAGAUGCUUCUUCAGUGUGGGCAAGUCGUCAUCGGGCGCGUGGUGGUUCAUCGAUCCCAAGGGCGCCAAGUUCUUUUCGCACGGCGUCGAUGUCGUCACCUACUCGGGCGACUCUCCUGCUGGCGGAACUUCGGCGUACAACGCGGCGGUGAAGGCCAAGUUCGGCAGCCAGUCGGCCUGGGCCGACUCGGUCGUGUCGCGGCUCAACUCGUGGAAGCUCAACACCCUGGGUGCGUGGUCCGACACGGUGGUCAUCACCAAGGGCCUCCCCUACACCCGGGCCCUCAGCCUGGGCAAGGGCUUCGAUACGUGGCUCGGCGGCUUGUUCCCGGACGUGUUCAACCCGGCCUGGGCUGCGAGCGUGAUGACCGAGGCCCAGGCCGGCUGCUCGCCGUACCGCAACGACACCAAGCUGAUCGGCUACUUCCUCGACAAUGAGAAGGUGCUCAACGAGACCCUGGUGUAUGCUGCGCAGAUGUGGUGGGGACCUAUUGGAGACCGCGGUCAGGACGACUGGCGUCGUCCGGGCACGAUCCUGGACCAGAUGCUGAUCUCGCUCUCGACCACUGCGCCUGGUCGCGUGCGCGCCGUUUCGUUCCUCAAGAGCAAGUACCCCACCAUUCAGGCCCUCAACACCGCCUGGGGGACAACCUACGCGAGCUAUGAUGCCAUCACCACCAUUCCCGCGGCCUCGACGGCGCACACCACCGACUCCAACAACUUCGGCUACCUGGCUGCUGCCCAGUUCUUCAACGUCACCCGCACCGCGAUCAGGACCUACGAUCCGUACCACAUGCUUCUGGGCGUGAGGUUCGUCGGCGCACCGACCGAGGGAGUUCUCAGGGCUGCGGGCGAGUACAACGACGUGGUCUCCAUCAACUCCUACCCCAGCACCAGCGAGCCCAGCGGCCCGCCCACUUCGAGGAUCACCACCAUCUACAACGCGGCCAAGAAGCCGAUCCUCAUCGGCGAGUUCGCUUACAAGGCCGCCGACUCUGGGCUGCCCAACACCAAGGGUGCCGGCCUUCUCGUGGCCACCCAGGCCCUGCGCGCUGAGGGCUACAAGAACUACACCACCAAGCUGGCCCCGUUGCCUGGCCUGGUCGGCUUCCAUUGGUUCCAGUGGUCUGAUCAGCCGGCCGAGGGUCGCGGGAGCGACGGCGAGAACAGCAACUUCGGCCUCGUCAACAAGAACGACGCCACCUACACUGCGCUGACGAACCAGAUGACGACCACUGGACCCCAGCUCUGGACGCUGCACGAGAGCUCCACUUCUGGCCUGUCUGGCGCCAAGUGCUAUACCUCGCUCACGUGCCCCAAGUCGUGCUCGGGCCACGGCUGCUGCAACACCAAGACCGGCGAGUGCAAGUGCGACACCGGUUUCCACGGCUCCGAUUGCUCCACCGACGCCACCAAGUUUAGCGUGACUUCGUUUGGCAGCGCGCUCGACACCAACAUGUGGUCAACCAGUACCUCGGCGUCGGGCAGCCAGGCCAACCAGGCCGCCAGGGUGUCGACGUCGUCCAACCAGCUCAAGCUCUCCAUCGCGCCCUGCACCACAGCGGCGCCGUGCAACGGGUUCAACUUCACGGCCGGGUCGGUCUACACCAAGUCCGCCUUGUGGGGCUUUGGCGUCUACACCGCCCGCUUCAAGGCCCCUUCCGUUACCGGCUUCACUGCCCAGUUCGAGUUGAACAACCGUGCCUCGCCGACCAACGCCAUCACGUUCCGCGUGCGCGCCAACCAAGACGGCUCCAACGGCGGCGCGCUCGACUACACCAUCAACGGCAAGUACAAGUACCUCAAGUGGGUCGGCGCCCUCGCGAUCGGCAACCCGUCUUCGGCCUUCCACGAAUACACCAUCCGCUACAUGCCCACCUACUUCUCGUUCUACGUCGACGGCACCCUGCUGGCGACCUACAACGCCACCACCUCCGGCAACGGUCUUCCCACCACCACCAUGUCCGCCUCGCUCUACAUCUCGGCCACCAACACGUCGCCCAAGGUGAGCGAUGCCUUCUUGGUCAGCUCCGUGACCUACCAGCAGAUCUGGGGUGCCACCGCGACCUGUUAG